AUGGAUGAGAAUGUGAGAAGAAUGAGUGAAAUAUUGAGCCGUUACAACGGCUAUAUAUUUGAAAACUUGGCCCGUCGAAGUCGUCUGUGGGGAGCCGGAUUAGCCGGGACGGGAAGAGGGGGCGAUAUUCCUACAUACCAGCCCGUUGGUAAUGUUCAGGUGUCCCCAAAUUCUGGAAGGAGGACAUUUAUUCCAGAUGUUGAUGAUUUGAUUAAGCCUCAGAUGCAUAUGACGUUUGAUUCGCUGGAAAAUGCUUUUCUUUUUUACCAAAGAUAUGCUAAGGCGGGAGGUUUCACAGCUAGGAAGGGUACUCAAUACGAGCCUCGAAAGGGUGUAAUACUUAAUAAAUGGUUCGUAUGCUCAAAAGAGGGUACUAAACCCUUAAAGGCGAUUGACUCGACUCAGGAAGCUGGUAGUUCUAAUGUUAACUCGAAGUCUAAGAUUACUCGCAGGGUUCCUUAUAUAAGGACCGGAUGUGAAGCGUGCAUUCGGGUUAAGUUAAUAACUCCGGAUAAUCUUUACGUGGUUUAUUACUUCGAGGAGUCGCAUAAUCACUCAUUUGUUGCUGAAGAUGACAGGUACUUGCUUCCUGAAAACAGAUCUAUGAAUUACGUACAGGAAGAAGCCGUGAAUGCUUUGAGUGCCAUAAACGUUGGUCCAGUUAGAGCGUUUAACAUUAUGAGGACUCUUUAUGGAGGUUUCGAUAAGGUAGGCGCAACUAAAGUUGACUUCAAGAACUUCAAGAGAGACUUAAAUAGGUAUAUAGCUGAGUACGAUGCUGACAUGGUUAUCAAACGCCUAAGAAGGAAGAAAGAAUUUAUGCCCAAUUUCUCUAUGGAAUACCUUACAACUGCCGAGGGCGUUUUACGUGCGUUGUUCUGGGCCGAUGGUGAUACAAAGAGAAAUUUUAAUAUUUUUGGGGAUGUUGUGUCGUUCGAUGCUACUUAUCGUCGUAACAAGUAUAAUAUGAUGUUUGUACCUUUUACCGGCGUUGACAAUCACUAUCGUAAUGUUACCUUGGGUGCUGCUAUUAUAGGGGAUGAAACUGCCGAAACAUAUAGCUGGUUGCUCAACGCAUUUCGGCAGGCGUUUGGACGCGCACCACCUGUGAUUGUAACUGAUCAAGACCCAACGAUGAGGAAAGCUAUUCAAGAUACUUGGCCUGAAAGUAGGCACAGGCUUUGCAUGUGGCAUAUAAUCGAGAAACUCACUACCAAGGUUGGCGCCAACCUAUGCAAUAGCACUGAUUUUAAGAAGAGGUUGUGUGAUAUUGUUUGGACCGAUGCCUUACUGCCAGAACAGUGUGAAAAUGAAUGGGGUGUUAUAUUGGCUGAUUUUGAUUUGCUGAAUCAUGAAUGGUUACAGUCAAUGUAUCAGAUUAGGGAUACAUGGAUCCCUGCGUAUUAUCGCGAUCAACACAUGUCUGGGCUGAUGCGUACCUCAUCACGUUCGGAGAGUGAGAACCAUUUCUUUGGGCAGUUUUGCAACCCGAAUUGUACCCUUGUUGAAUUCUUGGGGCAUUUUGAUUCUGCAAUCGAAGCCCAAAGACACGAGCACAGGAAGAAUGAUCACGAUACUAGGCACACGAACCCCCAAAUAUUUGCAAAAGAGUUUGUCUUAGAGCAACAGGCGACAUCCAUUCACAAGUGUGCUGUUGGAAAAUGGGAGGAUAGAGAGGAUAACUUUGUGAACUUCUUUGUGAAGGACUUUUCUCAAGCGUGUACUACAUUUUUUCAGGUUAUGAUGCGGCAGCUAGACAUGACCGUUAGUUGCUCAUGCAAUAGGCAGUUCCCUGAAAGGUACAUAAUGCGACGGUGGACAUGGGAAGCUAUUCCUAACAGUGCGCCGGGAGCGAUAUUGGGGAUUAGUGAAAGUGAUGAUCGGUACCAGCAAGUUAAUGGUGUUGUAAGGGAGAUAACAAGGUCAGCCGAGUCUCUUAUUAACAGGUUGGUUUAUAACUUUGAUGCGUUGUGCGCUUUUAGGGACCAUGUUGUCCAGUAUCAAUCGACCGCUGAUCAGGCAGUCGUAAACGCUCCCCCUAGGAGUCGUCGCGAUAGGUUUGCUGAAAUAACUGGAUACACGCAAGAAACACCUGUAACUGUUCGUAUGCCGAAAACCGUUAGAUUUAAAGGUAUGGGCAAUCCUUCUAGAAUGAAGAGUAAUCGUGAAAUUGCCAUUAUUCAAUCUGCGAAGAAAAAAAAGGGUCGCGAAUGUGGCAAUUGCAAACGUCGGGGGCAUAAUAGACGUACCUGCUCGUUCCCGGCAAGGGAAAAUGCCGACGACUCCUCAGAAAGUGAUGAAGCGGAUCUUGAAGGAGACGACGAAGAGGAGCUAGAAGAUGUGGCAGGUGAAGGAGACGACGAAGAGGAGCUAGAAGAUGAAGAGCAAGAGUAG